CGGGUGGCAAAGCCGGCGCGCGCCCGGCUGGGGGCGGAGGGCGGAGGCCCGUGGGUCGGAACAGCCGCGGCGAGUAGCAGUGGCGGCGGAGGGAACCGAGACGGCGACGAUCGGGGGGUCGCGAGUGGCGGCGGCGGCGGCAGCGGCGACGGCGGGCCCGGAGGCGGGCGGAGAGCCGGGGCGCAAUGGAGCGGAAGAGGUGGGAGUGCCCGGCGCUCCCGCAGGGCUGGGAAAGGGAAGAAGUGCCCAGGAGGUCGGGGCUGUCGGCCGGCCACAGGGAUGUCUUUUACUAUAGCCCCAGCGGCAAGAAGUUCCGCAGCAAGCCACAGCUGGCACGCUACCUGGGCGGCUCCAUGGACCUCAGCACCUUCGAUUUCCGCACUGGCAAAAUGCUUAUGAACAAGAUGAAUAAGAGCCGCCAGCGCGUGCGCUAUGACUCCUCCAACCAGGUCAAGGGCAAGCCUGACCUGAACACUGCGCUGCCUGUGCGGCAGACCGCAUCCAUCUUCAAGCAGCCGGUGACCAAGAUCACCAACCACCCCAGCAACAAGGUCAAGAGUGACCCGCAGAAGGCCGUGGACCAGCCGAGGCAGCUGUUCUGGGAGAAAAAGCUGAGUGGCUUGAGCGCCUUCGACAUCGCGGAGGAGCUUGUCCGAACCAUGGACCUGCCCAAGGGCCUGCAGGGGGUGGGCCCAGGCUGCACAGACGAGACUCUGCUGUCAGCCAUCGCCAGCGCCCUGCACACCAGCACCCUGCCCAUCACCGGCCAGCUCUCUGCAGCUGUGGAGAAGAAUCCUGGCGUGUGGCUAAAUACCACCCAGCCACUUUGCAAAGCCUUCAUGGUGACUGACGACGACAUCAGCCCCAGCCAGGUGCCUGUCAGCGUGCCUCUUCCCAGGAAGCAGGAGGAGCUGGUGCAGCAGGUGCGCAAGCGCCUGGAGGAGGCGCUGAUGGCGGACAUGCUGGCGCACGUGGAGGAGCUGGCCCGGGACGGGGAGGUGCCCCUGGACAAGGCCUGCACCGAGGAGGACGACGAUGAGGACGAAGACGAGGACGAGCCUGACUCUGAGCGUGUCUAGCACAGAUGCCUGGCCCAAGUCCGGGCUGCAGACUGCCCCAGCCUUGCGGGGACCAGGCGGGGCCAGGCCAGCAGGAGGCAGGCCUCCGUCUUCCCAGGGAGCUCUCCGUGGGCCUUGGACUCAUUCGCUCCUGCUCCCUGGCAAGAAGCCCCACACUGAAAGCUGAAGUUCGAGGACCCAACUGCGAGGCAGCCUGCACCCCAACUCCUCACCACAGGAAGAGGCCGUGCUCGGCACCAAGGAGCUACAAGCUUUGUUGGGUGCUGGAGGAAGGUUCUGGAAACACACCUCACUGUUCCUGCCUUUCAGUGUCAUAGGCCAGGGUUGGAACUGCUGCCAGGGUCUCAGGGUCGCCCAGCCUCCCUGAGCUGAGGGCCAGCAGCCAACCAGGAACUCGCUUCCUUCAAUAAACCGAUAGUAGGAACUUC